AGACGCUAUCUUUGUGUGAAGCGUAGAGAGGGAAAGAGAGAGAGGAGGGGGAAAAAAAUAAAAGGGGAAUGCAAGAAGCCCAUGAUGCACUUUCGUCGUGUUAAUAUUUAUUAAUUAACAUAAAGCAACUCCUUUAACUCAGAGGGACCAGUUAAAUCAGACAAUGGCUAGGACCGAGGGAGAAGAUGAUGUUCCUCGAUUCAGGUCACCAUCUUCGCGCCUUACCCUUAUGUAGUGGAAGAAACCACCAGGUCUACGCUAGAGUCAUCCCUUCAAAACUUGUUGGAUAUGGGGACUCUGGCGCUUGAAUCCGACGAUGUAAGGUCAGAUAUAUACCUUUCAUUGGGGCUCAAAGAAUCGAGCAAAGGAGUUGCGGGAACUCCACGAGUUUUAUCUCUUGUUUCUUCACUACUAGAGCGCUCAGUUCAGAGAAAUGAAAUGCUAUUGGAGGCAAAACAUGUAAAAGAUGCUGCACUUACAGUAUUUCAUGGUUUAAGAGCACCUGCUCUGAGCAUUUCUAAGUACGUCGACCGUAUAUUCAAGUACUCAGGUUGCAGCCCAUCUUGUUUUGUUGUAGCACAAAUUUAUGUGGAUAGAUUCCUUCAGUGCACCGAAGUCGAGCUUACUUCACUUAACGUGCAUCGACUUCUGAUAACAAGCAUCAUGCUAGCAGCAAAAUUUAUGGAUGACGCAUUCUUCAACAAUGCCUACUAUGCAAAAGUUGGAGGAGUAAGCACUUGUGAGUUGAAUAGGCUGGAGAUGAACUUCCUCUUUAGCAUAGAUUUCAGACUUCAGGUUAGUGUAGAGGCAUUUGGGAAAUAUUGUGUGCAAUUGGAGAUGGAAGCUGCAGAGGCACUGCAGAUUGAGCGGCCAAUGCAGGCUUGUCGAAUCAAAGAAAGCUGGUCAAACAAAGAUGAUUCCACUUGUGCUUCCACAAUUGCAAGAUGAAAUUGUUGACAAUUACGUUGUUGCAAUCCUUCGAUUGUCCCCGACAGAAUCAAAAAUUGUGUUGUAAUAUUCAUAAAUGGAUUCAUUGCCAUAUACAAGCCAUUAGUGAUUUGAGAUAAUCAUUUCAAGACAUACUACAUGUAGCAAUGAGACUUCCAAAACUUUUCCUGGUUUCAGACUUCAA